AUGUUCGGCUUCUCCAGCUCCAGCAACAGCAAAAGACCUAAACUCAACGGUCCCGACAUAGCAAGCAUGACCUCUCCCGGACCCAAGUACAAAGACCUCCGCGGAUACAACGCGCCCAUCCAACCUGCCCCUGCUGCCCAGCCCCAUCCAUCAACUGUAACGUACAACCCGAACGCUUCGACGCCUGAAACACGGGCAGCAGCAGGUCUCAAGUGGGGUGUUACGCCGAAAGAUGAUCCGCCACCGUACUCGCCACCUGAAAGUUCUUAUUCGGAAGAGGAACAGGCUGAGAGGGAGAGGUUAAGGAAGAAGGGUAUCAAUCCUGAUCUGAAGGCGGAGAUGGAUGAGGUGAUUUAUGGCAAGGGCGAGGAUGGGAAGAAGAAGAAGUCGGGGUUUUGGACGAAGGUUGCGGGGACGAGUAUGGGUGGUGGGUGGAUCAAGUAG